GCACACGCGCACACGCGCACACGCGCACCCGCGCGCGCGCGCCUCACCCGCUGGUGCCGCGUACCCCCCAACAAACCGCACGCCCCAGUAGCUGGAUCAUUUCACCGAGGCGCCGAGGACGCGGACAUCUUGCAGACCCUGUGUUCCUCCCUCGUCACUCUCCCCUCCAGUCGUCUUCCCUUCGUGCAUAUUCCUCCCUCUCCCUCCUACUCCUUUCGUUCCUUCCAUCCGUGACCUGUAGUCCUCUGUCUCCCGACUUGUCCAGCAAAAUGGCAGCCGAGCGUCCGGAAUUACCCGCUGGCUACCUGGGUUCGCAACCAAAGUUUGCCGAGUUGAACUUGCAGGCCCAAAGUCACUCCAGUCCAGAAUUCUCCCUUGACAUCAACGAGGUGGAAAUUAAACUGAGAUCACCCAAACCAGUGAAGGUGACCACCAACCUGAUCAGCGCGAAGGACGACAAGGAGCACUCCGAGUUCGUCUUCACACAGACAAAGGACGGCGUGCUCAGCUUCGUCAUCACCUUCCCGGAGAGCGGCUUCUACAAGUUCCAGAUCUUCGCCCUUGAGGCUACCGACGAUAGCAAAUCUCUGCCCAACGUCUUCAACUACUUGAUUAACGUGCAGGAGGCCCUCAAGGCUGCCUACCCCUUCCCCAAGCAGUACGCCCAAUGGAAGGACGGCUGCUACCUCUACUCCCCCAUCGUCCUCAACGCUAAGACCAGUCUCGCCAAGGUCGACUUCAAGGUCUUUGUCCCCAAUGCCAAGGCCGUUGCCGUGGUGGCGGCUGGAGAGUGGUUCCACCUGGCCAAGAAGGGAGACAACUGGGAGGGCCAAGCGUCCUUGAGCAAGCAUCGGGGCAAGGAUGUCAAGGUCACCCUGAACUCCAACUACGGAGGAGAUGAAACCAAAUACGCCACCCUCCUCGAGUAUAUCAUUUAGAUAGGAGGCUCUAGGACUGCCAUCAAGACUCUCUUCAUAUUUAUUAUUUUUUGUAUAAUCAUGCACGCCAUCAAGAACACCUAAUCCGCCCUUCUCAUUUAGAAACAUGUUUAUCCAAUUGACUUUUACGUUGUGCAAAUGAUACUCAAACCUAAACACACACUGCUCACCAGCGGGGAAUUCUAAGGACGUUACUCUUUAGUGCUUUCGCUAGAGUGACGUCACUAGCUUCUCCAGAUGGGUGGUUAUUACGUCAUGAUGACGCGGCAUAAACAACGGCAUCACUCUGCUCAUGGUUUGCGUGAGGUUUUUUUUUCAGUUUUAGAGCUUUCUUUUUUUACCUUCGUACUUUCAGCUUAUCUGGUCAAGAAUCUCUUCGAGCAGAACUUUUAAAAAAUUGUUUACUUUUGAAUAACAUGAAACCGCUGUGCCUUUUAUGCAGGCGCAGCCUUAUUUCUUUCUGCCUGCCUCGUGUUUCUCCCAAAGUUUUGAGACAGAGGAGAAACCGAUACUGAACACGAAAGCAAAAUAAACGCAUAUUUCCUGUACAUAUAUCAUA